GUUAAAUAUUUCAGAAUAUAAUUAAUGUAUUCUUUAUCCUUCCUUCUUCUGGUUUCUGGUCUUCUUAACUUUGUCAGUUCAAGAAGCCUUGAACCUGAAGUUGAUGUCUACUCCAAGCUACCAGGGUAUGAUCCUGAUCUCCUGGUGGAUGAGGAGGAGCUAAGGAUUGCAACCCAACCCAUCCAUCUGAGCAGGAGCAGCCAUCCAACCCUGCACCAGGAGUCAGGACGGAUACCCAGAAUCCAGGAGAAGAGAAGCGUCCUGAAGAGAAUACCCCGUCAACACCCAGGUCCAGCUCAAGAUAUAGACAUGGAGAAUAGGAUUUAUUAUCUUCCUCAGUACUGGAGAGGAACUGGAGAUGAGAUCCCAGCUACGGGCAUGAGUUUGAAUACAGAAAUUCCAAGGUUAAGUUUGGAUCUGGGUGAAGAUCUAACUGAUGAAGAUGGUUUAAUGAUCCCUACCUCCAGCCUACAUGAUACACUCCUCAGAGACAUCCAGAUGCUGUCUAUCCCUACAGAGACACAGAGAAGCGUAAACAUGAAAACUAAGAUGGCCAAGGAUUCUCAAACCAACCAGAUCUACACUAAGCACUAUCCAAGGAGGUUCUGGGAGGAGAAUGCAGAGGAUGAAGAGGAUAGGGAUGAGAAUAAUGAGAAGAGAAUCUAUCAAAACCUGACGUCCUCUGCGCUGCAGAUUAGACCACAAGUAGUGAAGAGAAGUCCUUCUUGUCUACGACGCUGCUUGAGCCUGCAGUACAUUCACCCAGCUCAGUGUCACAGCUUCUGCUGAUUUAUGUACAACAUGUACAUAUAGAAUACAGCUGGAGUUAUAGUGUUACAACUAGCCUGUAAAUUACCGUUUAUGUACAGCUAGUUGUUUAAAAAUUAAAUCUUUUGUAGAACAUGUACGGAUUUUCUUAAGAAAAAGUAAAAUUAAUUUACAAAACUAAAUCCUUAAUAUUUGUAGAGUACUUGAUGGCUGAUUAUGUAAAGUGCUCCAAUACAACCUUGUCUCUCUUGUGCUAGCAUAAGAUUUUAUAAUUCAAACCUAAUAAUCUUAUUUGCAUUUGAGAAUCUUUAAUUUGCAAUACAAUACAAGGGAAGGGAAAACAGCUGCAGUACAAUACAGGUUAAAUUAUUUUCUGUCUAGCAUUGAAUUGUGAAUAUAAAGAAAAGUAGCGCCUGAAGACUCAUUUUUUGUGGGUAACCCUGUAUAUCUGCAAACAUCUGUUCCGUCAAAGCGUCUGACUAACAUUUUAAUCUUCAUAUUCAUACCUUGUUGUACAAUGUGAAAUGUAUACAUUGAUCCUGCUUAUGUACUGUACAAUUCCCUUUCCCGUACUCCGUACUAAUACGUUUUCAGUACUGAAGCUGUAACUGUACUUAAUUAUGUAUUGUACUGCAUUUUGUAUUUCAUCACUCAUUUUGAAAAUAAACAAUUGGUUGUUCCUUUACAACUGUACAACUGUACAACUGUACAUUUCACCAGAGUCUCAUACACUGUUUAUAUAUCGGGAGCCAGUAAAUGUAGAUUAUAAUUGUCAUAAUUUAUUCUGAUUACUAAAUAAUUGUAAACUUAUUUAAUAAAAUAAAUAUUUUGGGAGAAAGA